AUGGAGAAAGCGUAUCUGGCGGAGCGGAUCGAGCAGAUCCAGCGUUUCAAGCAGAACAAAAGCGGAUCAAGCAGAUCUGACGAUUCAACCCGAGGCUCUGUUCUAAACUGGGACACGAGAUUCGACAUUGCAAAAGGUAUUGUUCGAGGCCUUGUAUAUCUUCAUCAAGAUUCUCGGUUUAGGAUCAUUCAUUUAGAUCUGAAGCCGAGCAACAUUUUGGUCGACAAAGAUAUGGUCCCAAAGAUCUCGGACUUCGGGAUGGCAAGGAUCCUUGGAGGGGAUGAGACUGAAGCUCAUGUGACGACCGUGACUGGAACAUUCGGUUACAUAGCACCUGAAUACAGGAGCGACGGGGUAUUAUCAGUAAAAUCAGAUGUUUUCAGCUUCGGAAUAAUGCUUCUUGAGAUAAUCAGUGGCAAGAGGAAUAUAGAUUUCCUUCAUCUCAACGACGGAAGCCCUCUUCUCAGCUACAUGUGGAAUCAUUGGAGCCAAGGUAACGGCCUAGAGAUCGUUGAUCACACAAUCAAAGACUCAUCCUCAUCGCAGCAAAUAUUGCGAUGCGUACAGAUCGGCUUGAUGUGUGUUCAAGAACUACCAGAGGACAGGCCAACGAUGUCGUCGGUGGGUUUGAUGCUCGGAAGGGAAACAGAGGCAAUAUCUCAGCCCAAAUCGCCAGUGGAAAAUGGGUCUUCUUCCAGAGGGCAACAAGAGAGCGAAUCUGGAACAGUUCCAGAAAUGACCUUGUUAAUUGAGGGUCGCUAA